UGUCUCGGCUCUGGCUGGCCUCCAUGUGACAUCCAUAGUACGUGUUUUCUCCCAGGCUCUCAGUGAUGCGCUUCGCUGUGAAACCGUGACCUCUACGACGCCAUACUGCUCUAUCAGUUGUCCACAGCCAUGUGUUGCGCUGAUAAUGACGACAGUAGAUGUGUGCACAUGUGCACCUCCGUGCGUUCACUGGUUUCCAGGAAGAAGCUCUCGCCCUCAUUUAAUGCAGUUCAAAAGCAGUGUGUUGCUCUUAACUUACCAGUCUCAGACGACUGACGACGGUACAUGUCGCACACUUUAUGGUGCGUGUGUUAAGUUCCACAAACCCCAGAUUAUCUGCAUGCAAGUCCAAAAGGAGAACACUCAAUGAUCUGGAUUCUGGAGGGGAGAGUGAGACGUAGCCUGCAGAGUUGUUUUUUAUCAGUGUCAGAUGAGUAGAGAAGUGAGUGAUGGAAAGAGAUAGAGAGCCCAGAUGACAGCUGUUUGACGGAGCAGGAGGAUGUACACACGUGAGACGUAAGAGACAGAGGAUGCAACACGCUGGGAAAACACAGGGCAAGAAUGAGUGAAACGCCAAUAGAGCUUGCGCCUCCGCUAUCAGUCCAGCCGUUGUCACAGCCACAACCUGAGAAGGGCCUUCAGCCUCCACCUCUGCUUCAGCUGCCGCUCCCGACCCAAGAUCCCCAGCAGGUCCAGCAACAAAGCCAGCAACAGCCUGGGCAACAACAACAGCAAUUGUCAGAGUCUAACCUCGAGCACCAGCUCCAAGAGAAGCCAGUGUGGAUAAAACAUCAAAGGCGGCUUCUUCUCCUCCUGGGCAUCUCCUUAUGUGCUGCCAUGCUGGGACUAAUUUACUAUGUGCAUCACAGUCUGGGCACUGAGAGCAGCAACCAUGCAGGCCCUGUGACUCCAUGUCUUUCCCCCGCUUGUCAGUGGGCUUCUGCCCGUCUCUCCGCGUCCACUGAUCCCUUCACACAGCCCUGCGAUUACUUUUUGUUGGCAUGUGGAUCAGACAGACUUUCACCGGACAGCGGUGGGAGACAAAGAGGAAAGGGUAUCCCUGGACACCCACAACACCGCAUGGAAAAGUCUGAGUGGUCACAGAGAGGCGGACGCAACGAAAAGACAGAAAACACAAGGGAGGAUAAAACGCUGAACAGAAAAACUGUGCUGCUGCAGUAUCUCCGGGAGAUUUUAGAAACAAGUGACAACCAGAAUAGUUCAGCAGUGCAGAAUAUGAACGGAUUCUACAAUUCCUGCUUGGACACCAGAUCUAUAGAAACUGCUGGAGUCAAGCCCUUCCUCACACUCGUCCAAAAAUUGGGAGGUUGGGCAGUAUCUGGCCAAUGGAAUCAAACUGAUUUCAACUCCACCCUGAGCUUACUGAUGAGAGACUACGCCACCUUUCCCUUCUUCAAUCUCUAUGUGGGCAAAGACCCAAACCAAACUGCCCACGGGACAAACAAAAGAUACAUACAGAUCGACCAGCCAGAUCUUUUGAUCCCAAUUCAGUGGAACAGCAAAACACAGAAGUCUGAAGCUACAACUGAGACUCUGCGUCCCUUCCUGGCAUCGUGUGACAGGUACCUGGCUCUGCUGGGAGCCCGGCAGAGCAGCAGGAUGAUCCAUGUGGGCCUGUUCAUCUCUCUGUCCUCUGAGCUUGCCGUAGCAGCUUCGCCUCUGCAGCACCGCCUGUUGAAAGGCCUUCUCCAUCAGCGUAUAACCAUCAAAGAACUACAGAAACAAGCCCCGGCCAUUGAUUGGCUGGGCUGCCUGAAGGCCACUUUCCAUCCACUGUCCCUCACCGAAGACGAUCACGUCUUUCUGCAUAACCUACCCUACAUCGUGCAAAUGUCCCGCAUCAUUAACAAAUGGCUGAACAAGCACGAACAGACCACCAGCGGAACCCUUCACACUUACAUGAUAUUAAAUCUGCUGCACACCCUGAUGCCUGCCAUGGACUCCAGAUUUUCUGAAACAGCAAAGAAUUUCUCUGUGGCUUUGGGCAACACUGAAGGGGAAGUUCCUCGCUGGAAACACUGCGUGCUGGAGACCGAGAGAGGAUUUGACUCGGUGCUCACACACCUUCUGAGAGAGAGGACAGCUCACACAGAGGCAGAGAAGAUGAUUCAAAAUAUCUUCUCCUCCUUCAAGUCCAUGUUGCAUGAACUCGAGUGGACAGAUCAGGAGUAUUUUCAGCAAGUCAUGGAAAAGGUUGAGUCUUUGAUCCCAAGACUGUGGACAAGAAGCAAGAUCUCCAGUGAAGCUGAGCUUGACCUGCCUUUUUCCAAGGUGACAGUCAGUGCACAAAGCUUCUUCUCCAACUACGUCCAUCUCCUGUCUCUGUGGCAAAAGAGACGCAAUAAGCUCCUGACUGCGCAGACCGAGGCUGCUGAUAUUCUCUCCGUCACACCAGUUCUUCUUGGUAAUGAGCUCCUCUUUCCUAUGGGAAUGUUUGUCCCUGCUCUUUUCCAUCCCAUCUAUCCCAGAGCCAUGAAUUUUGGUGCAGCGGGUUUCCUUAUCGCCAAAGAUAUCCUCCAUCUACUCGUGCCUGAGAUUUACUCCCACAGUGAGACGGUGCGGGCUGUGGGGGAAUGCGUGUGGGCUCACUACCUCACCGUGAAUGAAAAAGCGGGCAGAGGUGGAGCGUUUUCGCUGUCGGCGGCGCAGCAGCAGGAGGUGUGGGUGCAGUAUUCUGCACUGCAGGUGGCGCUGCAGGCUUAUCAUCAGAGUCUACAGCAGCGCCCCGGUGACACGUCCCUCUCUGGGAUGUCACACACUCAUCUGUUUCUGACAUCGUUUUCUCAGGUUAACUGUGACUCUGACCCAUACCGUGAACUCAUGCCCUUGGAGCCCUCCUUCUUGAUCGCGGUCUUUUGUGCCAAAUCCAGCCUGUGUCCUACAAGCCUACAGUGCUCCAUUAAGACUCAGCACAAUCCAUCACAAAUAUGCUGAGUAGUCUCCUCUAACGACAAGCAGGACUUCAUUUAUUACAACUAUUCUGUGGAUGGAGAUGUUGGUAAACUGUUGUUUACAUAAGAGUACUUACAGUAUGUAACAUGGAAAAUACACUUUUUCUUUUAGCCUUAGUUGUUGUUAAUAUGUAUCUGAAUGUUGCAGUACUUGCACAAGCUGUUUAGUAUUUAUUUAAAUAAAAACUUUUGUAACUAUUUUCAUGUUUCCUUUUCAGAGGUGGUGGACGUACUUAGCAUGAAAACAGCAGUCUUAAAAUAAUCUACCUCCCUGUAAAAUGUCCUUUGUGACUAAUGUAUAUAUAUACAUAUAAAAACAUAAUCAGCUUUCUUGAUGAAUGUCACAAAACUAUCACAAAACAUCUUGGAUCAGACCAUUUAUGUAAGAAAUAUAAAGCUGUGCUACAAAAAUAUGUUUCAUAAUUUUCUAUAGGCUUUGUUCUCGUCUAUGAUUUUUGUGUGUGAAAUAACACUACUUUGGGCCUCAAACUUUGAUGGAAAUAAAAUCAUUUGGAAACUUUGUUGAA